GUACCUUUCUUGUCCCACACAGCUUUGAGAGAAAGUAAAAGCAGAAGAAAAAGCAAAGAAAAAAAAAAGGUUUUUUAAAAAAAGCAAAAUAAUAAAGAAUGAAGAAAGGGAGAUAGAUAUAAUAUAAAGACAAAGGUUCUCUCUCAACUCUAUGAUUAUUCAAAUUCUCUAUCUUUUUUUUUUUUAAGAAAAAAAAACUUGAUUUUACCCUCUACUUAUACUUGAGUAAGAGGAAAAAUUCAGAGUUUAUUUGCUUAGGCCUCGUUGGUCUACCCCUCCAUUUUUUUCUUUCUAAAAAGAAGAACAAGAGAAGAAGAUCAAGAGGAAAAAAGAUAGGGUUUUUUUUAAAAAAAAAUUUUGGUUUUUUUUUCUAGGAAGGGGAAGGUAAACUAGAGAUGAAUAGAGGGGUUUUGCAAAGCUCAGUUAUGCAACAAAUGAUGGGUUCAGAAAACCCUAAUUGGUGGAAUAUGAUGAAUAUUAGUGGAAGUAUGAGAAGCUCAACAAUCACACAACACUCUUCUCCUAAUCAUACUAAUAAUUCUUCCUCUUCUUCUUCUAAUAUUCUUUUCCCUCACUCUUCACUUCCUUUUCCUUCUAAUUGUUACUAUGAUGCUCAAGAUCAUCAGCUGAUUCCAGAAUCUUGGAGCCAACUUCUCUUGGGUGGAUUGGUUGUUGAAGAUGAUCAAAAGGGGUGUAUGGGAAUGUUCCAAUCCAAAAAGUUAGAGGAUUGGGAAGAAGAGAUUUUGAAUAGUAAUAACAACAACAACACUCAACACCAACAACAAGUUGAUGUCAAGAAAGAACACUCACCUCAUGCAAAUAGCUAUGUCUAUGGACACGGUGGAGGUGGUGGUGUCGGUGGUGGUGACGAUUAUCAAUUGGUGGCUUCAAAACAAAAUUGGUCACCUAUGAUACAAUCUUCUUCUCCUCAAUCAUGUGUGACAAGUUUCAGUAGUAAUAUGUUGGAUUUUUCGAAUAAUAACAAUAACAACAAAUCUCUUGCUGAUCAUUCUCGUCCUAGAAAUCCUCCCCCAGUACUAGAUCGCUCCUCUGAGUGUAAUAGCAAUGUAAAUGGUGGGGCAGCGAAGAAGGCAAGAGUUCAAUCCUCUUCAAACCAAACAACUUUCAAGGUAAGGAAGGAAAAAUUGGGUGACAGAAUUACAGCUCUCCACCAGCUAGUUUCCCCAUUUGGAAAGACUGACACAGCUUCAGUUUUGUUAGAAGCUAUUGGGUACAUCAGAUUCCUUCAGAGUCAAAUUGAGGCCCUGAGCUUACCCUACUUGGGCAAUACUUCGGGAAGUACGAGGCAACAUCAACACCAGCAACAUUCUGUUCAAGCUGGAGAAAGAAACUGUGUUUUCCCUGAAGACCCUGGCCAGCUCUUGAACGAGAAUUGCUUGAAGAGGAAAGGAGUCUCUGAGCAGGAGGAGGAGGGAAAGAAGGAUUUGAGGAGUAGAGGAUUAUGUUUGGUUCCAGUGUCCUGCACCCUACAAGUUGGGAGUGACAAUGGAGCUGAUUAUUGGGCUCCUGCGUUCGGUGGGGGUGGCGGGUGGCGGUGUUUUCCGGUAGACGAUGGAAAGAAUUUGAUAGGGCAAGUUACAGCGUAACCCUUUGAAGACUAAAAAGGAAUGGAGAGAGCUACAUUAUGAAACUGAUAUAACAUCAUGAGCAGUCAAUCUGCUUAAAGAAACCAAAGGCUGAUUGCUCAUGAUGCUAUGCAAAUUAAACCAUACUCCAACCAUGCAAAAAAAAAAAGGGGGGGGGGGGGGGGGGGGGGGGGGGGGUUAAUAUUAUACAAAGAGUGCUGUAGCUAAUGCUUUUUUUAAAAAAAAAAAAAAAUCUAAUCUUUUCUUUUAAGUAAUUUGUGGUUUAUUUUAAUCCUAAUUAGUUAAUUAUAAUUAAAAUGAUAAUAACUAUAUUAUCAUUAUUGAUGUUUUAAUUUUUUUUUUAAUUUGGCUUUUCUCUCUCUCACACACAAACACUCUAGUUCUUCCCCCAAUGCAUUUGUAUGUAAAUGUAGUGUUUGGGGAAUGUGAGAGAUUUGCUAUCAUAUUAUUCUUAACAUAUAUUAUAUUGUAGUUUGAAAUUUGGGUUGUAAUUUUUAGUUGAGCUUUUAACAUCA